GAGCAGCCGGGGAGGGGCCGUGGGCUUUUCUCGGGUGACCCGCAACUGAGGUGACCCUUAGUUCUCUGCGAGCAUGGGCUACGGAGCUCCGGAGAAACGAAGAAAUUUCUCGAAGUCGUCUCGUCUUCGCUGAACGCUCUGGGCUUGUUCCAGAAGAGGGAAAAAAAAAAAAAAUAGGAAGUGACGUCUCGGCCCGAAGCAGGCCGGGCUUGAGGACCUCCACCGAUCCGCUGCUGGCCCUGGCCGGGCUGGAGCCGCCCCUGCGGUCUCGGGUGGGUCGUGCCACCCGCCGGACGGUCCCCGGUCCCGGGAUCCGCUCGCCGCUCGAGACAAUUUCAAGAGUCAGGAAGAACGAUUAGCUUCCCCUGGGUGGGUGCCCGCUGCCGGCAUUUAGACUCUCUAACCUUCCCUGAGCUCUGGCAGAGUGGUAAUUCCGUAUAUCAAAACCUUGACAUGUUCUGUAGGGGCUGCAAAGAACAUUGGAGAUGACUAUUUUUACACCAUUUUAUAAAAGGAUUGAGUCUUGGGAAAUUUAUACAGUGUGUGUGUCCAGCGCAUCUAAUUAGCAGGUGUUGAGAAUAGAGAACCAGAUCCAAUUAGAAAACGUGAGAAAGAAAAUGUAAAAAAAAAUUGUUCCAAUUAAGAUCAGAAAAUAGCUAUGGGGCACCAGAUACUUUAAUAACCCAAUUCCAAGAAUACACUGGAAAACACCCUUGAAAAGCCAAGAGGAAGCCAUGAAGAAAUGUUUUAAUUAUUAAAACCAUGGCUACGUCGGCAAACCUGGACAUUGGGGCCCAGCUGAUCGUGGAAGAGUGUCCCAGCAGUUAUAGUCUCCCUGGCAUGCCAGACAUCAAAAUAGAGCACCAGCUGGACCCCAAUGCAGAAGAAGCGUCAGCUCAGGGUGUUGGCAUGGGAAUGAAAUUCAUAUUGCCAAACCGAUUUGAUAUGAACGUAUGUUCUCGAUUUGUGAAGUCCUUAAAUGAAGAGGAUAGUAAAAAUAUUCAAGAUCAAGUUAACUCUGACCUGGAGGUGGCGUCUGUCUUAUUUAAAGCUGAGUGCAAUAUCCAUACAUCUCCUUCUCCUGGAAUUCAAGUAAGGCAUGUCUACACCCCCUCUACAACAAAACAUUUCUCACCCAUAAAACAGUCAACUACCCUCACCAACAAGCACAGGGGAAAUGAAGUCUCUACCACACCUCUGUUAGCAAAUUCCUUGUCUGUUCACCAGUUGGCAGCUCAGGGAGAAAUGCUCUACCUGGCUACUCGUAUUGAACAAGAAAAUGUUAUCAAUCACACGGAUGAAGAAGGAUUCACUCCCCUGAUGUGGGCUGCGGCACACGGGCAAAUAGCUGUGGUAGAGUUCCUACUUCAGAAUGGUGCGGAUCCCCAGCUUUUAGGAAAAGGUCGAGAAAGUGCCCUGUCGUUGGCCUGUAGUAAAGGCUACACAGAUAUUGUCAAAAUGCUGCUUGACUGUGGAGUUGAUGUAAAUGAGUAUGACUGGAACGGAGGAACACCUUUGCUUUAUGCUGUCCAUGGGAAUCACGUGAAGUGUGUAAAGAUGCUGUUAGAAAAUGGAGCCGACCCAACAAUUGAAACAGACUCUGGAUACAACUCUAUGGAUUUAGCUGUAGCUUUGGGCUACAGAAGUGUUCAGCAGGUCAUUGAGUCCCAUCUGCUGAAGCUCCUUCAGAACAUCAAGGAGUGACGCAGCGCUCAGACAAUGCAUCUGCCCUUCUCUUCACUCCUCGGUCCUUACAAAUGAUAGUUUGUUUACAUGUAAAUUGUUACCUCGGUUGCAAUAUUUGCUGGUUUUUAGUGAGUUUUAAUAAUUAUUCCUCUGGAUAAUUCACUGGUUUAUAAUGAAAUUAAUCCUGAUUUUUUUAAAUAAAUGUGUUUUACUAUAUAUUUAAAGUUAUAAAUUAAUGUUUUAUGGCAUGGAAACUUUUAUGGUACAGGUGGUUAUGUGUCUUUGUAUCAAGUACCACAGUUUGACACUUUGAGAAAUAAAUUCUACCUUGUUUAUCUUCA